AUGGAGGUUGAUGAUGUUGUUUCAUGGAACUCCAUGAUAGUUGGGUGUGCGAGGCAUGGGUUUGAAGAUGAAGCUCUCCUUUUGUUCAAAAAAAUGCAUGCGAGAAAUAUGAAGAUUGAUAAUUAUACAUUUCCAUCUGUCCUAAAUUGUUGCAUAAUGGGCAGUAUAGAUGCAAAGUCUGUUCACUGUUUGGCAAUCAAGUGCGGAUUUGAGAAUUAUCAGCUUGUUGGCAAUGCCCUUGUUGACAUGUAUGCCAAAAUUGGAGACUUGAAUUGUGCAUAUGUGGUGUUCAAUCAAAUGCAGGAGAAGGACGUUGUCUCAUGGACUUCCCUUGUGACUGGUUAUGCGCACAAUGGAUCCCAUGAAGAAUCCCUGAAGAUGUUUUCUGACAUGAGAAUUGUUGGAAUAAAACCUGACCAGUUUGUUGUUGCUAGUGUUCUGAGUGCCUGUGCAGAACUGACUGUUCUAGAAUUUGGGAAACAAGUGCAUUCAGAUUUUAUUAAAUCUGGCCUUCAAUCAUCACUGUCGGUAGAAAACUCACUUGUGGCCUUGUACGCAAAAUGUGGAUGCUUAGAUGAUGCCAAUUGCAUAUUUGACUCUAUGCAAACACGGGAUGUAGUUACUUGGACAGCUCUUAUUGUUGGUUAUGCACAAAACGGUAAAGGAAUGGACUCUUUGAUGUUUUAUAAUGCAAUGAUUUCAAGUGGCACAAAACCAGAUUUUAUCACAUUUAUUGGUUUAUUAUUUGCUUGUAGCCAUGCUGGACUUGUAAACGAUGGUCGCAUGUACUUCCAACAAAUGAAUAAGGUUUAUGGAAUAAAACCUGGUCCUCCACACUAUGCCUGCAUGAUUGAUCUCUACGGGCGUUCAGGAAUGCUUAAUGAGGCUAAAGAAUUGUUAAAUAAAAUGGAUGUCAAACCAGAUGCAACUGUGUGGAAGGCACUGCUUGCUGCGUGUAGAGUUCAUGGAGACAUAGAAUUGGGACAGAUGGCAGCCCAAAACCUUUUUGAGUUGGAACCCAUGAAUGCUAUGCCUUAUGUUCUGUUGUCUAACAUGUAUUCUGCUGCUCACAAAUGGGAUGAUGCUGCAAAAAUUCGGAAGUUGAUGAAAUCAAAGGGAAUAGUUAAAGAGCCAGGGUGCAGUUGGGUUGAGGUAAACAGCAGAAUUCAUAUCUUCCUAUCUGAAGACAGAGGGCAUCCUAGAACGGUUGAGAUAUAUGCCAAAAUAGAUGAAAUAAUAAUAAGAAUCAAGGAGGCUGGCUAUGUUCCAGAUAUGAAUUUUGCUUUGCAUGACAUGGAGAGGGAGGGAAAGGAGAUUGGGCUUGCUUAUCACAGUGAGAAGCUGGCUGUUGCUUUUGGACUUAUUGCUUCACCAGCAGGUGCACCAAUUCGAAUUUUUAAGAAUAUCCGAGUUUGUGGGGAUUGCCAUACUGCUAUGAAAUACAUAUCAAGAGUCUUCCUUUGUCAUAUCGUUUUGAGGGAUUCAAAUUGUUUUCAUCAUUUUAAAGAAGGACAAUGCUCUUGUGGAGAUUAUUGGUAG